CGGUGAGGUCUGUCUGCAACAGAAAAAUGUGACAAAAACCGCAGAAGAAAACGUGUGCAAAGCGGAUCUUACAAAAAAUGAGUCAAAACGACGUCGGAAAGCUGUGCGGAAGGUGUUAGACAUGUCGGCCAUUUCAUGGUGAGUCGAUUUAUGAAGAACGAAACAGAGUCCCAAAUACUUUUUAAAAAGAAAUCCCCGAGACAAAAAAAAAAAAAAAAAAAAGUAUCUCUUUGUAGAUUAUAGAAUCUCUUUGAUUCUCUCAACAGAUCGAUCUCUUUGUAUAGAAAAGAGGUCUCGCGUCAGAGAAUUUUCGGUUGCUUUAUAGUUGGUGGUUGCAGAAUUACGGAUUUUAAGCUUUAAUUUUUGUUGCGGAAUUCGAAACAGUGUUGAGACGUUUUGACUGAUUCCGAAGAAUGUCAGGUUGUGAACAAACGAGAGAGAGAUUCUCAGAUUCCGAGUGCACGGAGGACGAGCCACGGCGUUCCAGGAUCGGGACCCUGAGGAAGAAGGCGAUUAGCUGUUCGAGUAAACUCACACAUCCUUUGAAGAGGAAAGGGAAACGGAGAAUCGACCUCCCGAUUCCUUUCAUCGAGGAUGUUAGGGACGAGAGAGAAGAGAAGAUCGUUUCUACACUGCGUCAAGAGCUUCUCAACAAACACCUGUUGCCUCCAAGGCACGACGAUUACCACAUGCUGCUGAGGUUUCUCAAGAACACGGAGUUCAACAUCGAGAAAACCGUCACGGCGUGGGAAGAAAUGCUGAAAUGGAGGAGAGAUUUUGGAACAGAUCGCAUUAUACAGGAAUUCAAUUUCAAAGAGCUGGAGAAAGUCACGAGGCAUUAUCCUCAAGGGUAUCAUGGAGUUGAUAAAGAUGGUAGACCAAUCUAUAUCGAGAGGCUCGGGAAAGCUCAUCCCGGUAAGCUCAUGGAUGUCACCACGAUAGAGCGGUACUUGAAGUACCAUGUCCAAGAAUUCGAGAGGGCCCUUCUAGAGAAGCUCCCUGCGUGUUCCGUUGCAGCGAAGCGACGAGUCACUACAACGACUACGAUACUAGAUGUUGAUGGCCUGGGGAUGAAGAACUUUUCUCCUACAGCUGCAAAUCUCCUUGCCUCCAUUGCUAAAGUAGAUUGCAAUUAUUACCCUGAGACUUUGCACCGAAUGUUCAUUGUCAAUGCAGGGAUUGGAUUCAGGAGUUUGCUUUGGCCUGCCGCCCAGAAGUUUCUUGAUCCGAUGACUAUCGCAAAGAUACAAACACUCACCAUCACUUGUAUUGCUCAGGUUUUGGAGCCAAAGUCCUUGUCAAAGUUACUUGAAGCAGUUGAUUCCAGCUCGUACAUCACAUGGAAGUAAACCCUGUACCGGAAACUACAAGAGGUCCUCUUCAUAUUAGAGAUUAUGAUUCCACCACUAGCAUGAACCCGCCUGAAGCUAGUACAUCAGACGGUGAUAAAUUCAUUACCACCGUGGAAUCUGCAGAACCGGCUCAAGGAGAAUGGUCUCAAGCUCAGUUACUUAACACGAAUACUGGAAACUCUACUUCUGCAAAUACAUACAGAAGAGAAGGUGGUCAGGUUCUACGGUUUAGUGCUCUUAGAGAGAAAAUUAAAGGCGAGAACAUCAUUCACUUGGUGAAGAUAAUACUAGCCUUCCCACUGAAGCUAUUUGCUCUGUUUAGUUUCUUGUUACCUGGAUACUGGCAAAGACAGAACUGUGUCGAUGUCCCAGAUUCAUCGAUAAACAACCAGGUUGUUCAGUGUUUAGAUCGUCUUAAGAAGCUAGAGAAAGAAUUCACAGAGAUUAGUAGAAUUCCUGUAAAAAUCCCAGAAGCAAGCGAGAAGCUAUUAGCGGAAUCUCUCGAGAGGAUCAAGUCUCUAGAACUCGAUCUUGACAAAACCAAAUCAGUGUUACAUUUAACAUUUACAAAACAGCUUCAAAUCACAGAACAGCUUGAAUCUGGUUACCAAGAAGAACGAAAAAAGCGAUGCUGUAUCUGAAGCUUUUUGGUCGUACCGAAACGGUGACUUGUAAUAUACUUUACAGAAACUGAGGGGAUGAAAAAAAAAAGUCUAUUGAAACAUUUGUGUUUGAGAUUUGAAGUUUUGAACCGAUGUGGAAACUGUGAUGCAUAUAGUUUUGAAUAUUGGACAGUUCGCAUUAUGUAGAUUAUUAUGUCGUUCUGUCUAAAUAAAUGAUAAUUUAUUUUAAAUACUCCAUUGAUUAGAAUUAAAUGAGCGUUGUAAAGUGUAAACGUUAACCAUAAACAAUG